AUGAAGGGGUGGUUCGACGCGUUUCGAAUCGACGGUGGACCCACGUUGUAUAGUUAUAGUAAUCGCACACCCGUCACGGGAGAUGUUCCUCUGGUGAUCGUGUUCGUCGUCUUCGGCACUAUUUUCACCGCAUUCUUAGUCAUAUUUCCUGGGAUACGAAAAGAGCGUUUUAGCACGUUCCUCACGGUGACCUUGAGCCUUUUUGUUGGAGCAUCGAUUCAAGUUGCUCAGUAUGGAUCCUCCUGGCACACGAGCUCCGCGACUAUCGUCAGCACGUACAGUGCAUUUUCAAGGCAGAAAACCGCUGCUGAAAUUGGCGGAUAUAUCGGUUUGAUGCACAUAAACAUCACGUACAGAUUGUUACCAAGUAGUGAAAAUCCAAUGGACGACGUAGAAUACAAUGAAAGAUUUUGGUGGAGAAGCACAGGAGAGAUGACAAGCGCUUUCAAACAAGCUUUGAAUCAGGGAGCACCUUUUCCUAUCGUUUCUCUAGCCGAAUAUUUUAGUCUUCACCAAGAAGGUUUCUCCUGGGGAAGCAAGUAUCGGCAGGCUGGCUACUACGCAUCGCUCAUGCUCUGGACGUCCUUUGCCUCUUGGGCCAUGAUGAAUCUGUUAUUAAUAGUAGUGCCACGAUACGGCGCUUAUGGAAUGAUCUUUACAGGGAUAUGUAUGUUAAUCACGAAUUUAGUUUACUGGGCACUUUUACCUUGCGAGCCUCUGAUAGCACAUGUAGACGGUUCCAUUCUUGCUUUUAAUUUAGGAUGGAAUUAUUGGCUUGUUUUAUUAGCUGGUAUCGGAUGUUUAUUCGCUGGAGUGGUGAUAACAGCAAUAGACAUGAUUUUUCCUCAUCAAUUUUCCACCAUAUUAGAAGUUGAUUAUGAUACGCCGUAUGAUAGACAUGUUAUUAUAGAAGAAAGUUUCGACACGAGGAAUAUCAGACGCAGACUACCUAAAAUAGAGGAUUCAUUUGGUGAUCGUAUAAUAAGUCAAUUAUCGUCAAAGUUGCAAAAUAGACAUGAUAUCAAGGAGGAAUCACAAGGUGUGAUAAAUCGAGGAUAUACAUCGCAUGAAUCUUCAGAAUUUCAUCAUGAAUCUAAUGAUUCAUCAAAAAAUAAUUGGUCUUAUCCAUUUCCAUCAUCUUCUCGUAGAACUAUCAAUGGCUAAUCUCUUUUUGUAAUUAUUAUUUAUAUUUAUCCUUUUAUUGUUAGUAAAUUCCUCAACAUUUCAGAAGUUUUUAGUUCAUUUAAAACUAUAAAUUUAGCUCUAAAAUGGAGAAAGGAAAGGAAUAAAUAAUGAUUUAUAAUAAAA